GAGCUGCGGAAGGUGGAACUGUCCGGUCCUGAUGCUCUUCAAAGGUGCACUCGGCUUUAGCUCCUAACAGCUGCCGCCAACGACAACAAAAUUACACUCAUUUUAAAUGAUUAUGUGAUAUGUUGCGUGCUAUUUAAAACGGUGCCCAGGAGUUUAUUUUGUCUGGGGUUGUUUUCAGUUUCAAAGCUUCUUUCGCCUAACCAAUGGGAACGGACCGUACGGGCUGAACGGCUGGCAAGCGUCGAGACAUUUUGAUUGUUUGAUUGAUGCAUUCGUCUGCAGACUGCGGGGUGGACGACCAGAUCUGCUGACCGGAGAGAAAGUUUCCUUGGAUAAAAUCAUACACGAUGGUGGAUGCGGCUGAAUGUUGUGUGAAGGUGAUGUGCCGAUUCAGGCCACUUAACGAAUCGGAAAUCACUAGAGGUGACAAAUACAUACCGAAAUUCAAAGAAGACACCGUGGUGAUAUCGGGCAAGCCGUAUAUCUUUGACCGAGUCUUUCCUCCGAACACAACACAGGAACAAGUAUAUGAUACCUGUGCCAAACAGAUUGUUAAAGAUGUGCUGGAUGGCUAUAAUGGGACAAUCUUUGCAUAUGGCCAAACCUCAUCAGGGAAGACACACACUAUGGAGGGACAGCUCCAUAACUCACAACUGAAGGGCAUCAUCCCUCGCAUCGCCCAGGACUUGGACGAGGCUAAAAAUAUCAACAAGUCUCUCUCUGCUCUGGGGAACGUCAUCUCAGCCCUGGCUGAAGGAACCAAAACCCAUGUGCCAUACAGAGACAGUAAAAUGACCAGGAUCCUACAGGACUCUUUGGGUGGGAACUGCAGAACAACCAUCGUCAUCUGCUGCUCUCCAUCCGUAUAUAAUGAGGCUGAGAUCAAAUCCACACUCAUGUUCGGCCAGAGGGCCAAAACCAUCAAAAACACAGUGUCUGUGAACAUGGAGCUCACAGCCGAGGAAUGGAAGAAGAAAUAUGAGAAAGAGAAAGAGAAGACCAGAAAUCAAAAAAUCACCAUCCAGAGGCUAGAAAAUGAGCUCAAACGAUGGCGGAAAGGUGAGACUGUACCUGUUGAUGAGCAGCACAACAGUAAGGAAGUAAAGAAUUCUGAAGCCGCUCCCAUAAUUGACACUUCGGCUCCGCCCCCUGAGCCUGUUUCUGAUUCAGAGAAAACCCAGUAUGAGGAGCUGAUCAAUGACCUGUAUCAUCAACUAGAUGACAAGGAUGAUGAGAUCAACCAGCACAGUCAGCUGGCAGAGAACCUGAAGCAGCAGAUGGUGGAUCAGGAUGAGUUAUUGGCAUCCACACGGCGUGACUAUGAGAAGAUCCAGGAAGAUCUGAGCCGUUUGCAGCAUGAGAACGAGGCAGCUAAAGAGGAGGUGAAGGAGGUGCUCCAGGCCUUGGAGGAGCUAGCAGUGAACUACGACCAGAAAAGCCAUGAGGUGGAGGAGAGAAGCAAGACAAACCAACAGCUCACAGAAGAGCUUAUGCAGAAGACUGCAGCUCUGGCUGGUGUGGAGACGGAUCUGUCUGCCCUGCAGGAGCUCAGUGGACAUCACAAGAAGAGAUCAGCAGAGAUCCUCAGUCUCUUGCUCCGGGACCUCAAUGAGAUUGGCAGCGUUAUUGCCUUGAAUGACCACAAGAUGACAGAGAUGAACGGAGGAAUGGAGGAGGAAUUCACCAUGGCACGGCUCUUCAUCAGUAAGAUGAAGUCAGAAGUGAAAUCUCUGGCCAACCGCAGUAAACAGCUUGAGAGCACACAGGCCGACACAAUGCGUAAAAUGCAGGCCAACGAGAAAGAGCUCGCUUCCUGCCAGCUCCUGAGCUCUCAGCAUCAAGCAAAGAUCAAAUCCCUCACCGACUACAUGCAGAGCAUGGAACAGAAGAAGAGACAGCUGGAGGAAAGCCACGACUCCCUGAUGGAGGAGCUCGCUAAACUCCACGCACAAGAAAAGAUGCAUGAGGUGUCAGUCCUGGAUAAGGAAAAGGAACACAUGAGCAGGAUACAGGACGCUGAGGAGAUGAAGAAAGCCCUGGAACAGCAGAUGGAAAGCCACAGAGAGGCUCAUCAGAAGCAGCUCUCACGUCUGCGAGAUGAGAUCGAAGAGAAACAGAGGAUCUUGGAUGAGCUGAAGGAUGUGAACCAGGCUCUUCAGCUUGAACAGAAGCAGCUCAUGUCUGACUAUGAAAAGCUGAAACAGGAGGAACAGAAGAAGGACGAGAGGCUGCAGAAGCUUCUCUUGUUGAAUGAGAAGAGGGAGCAAGCUAAAGAAGAUCUCAAGGGUCUGGAAGAGACUGUGGCCAAAGAGCUCCAGACUCUCCAUAGCCUCCGUGUGCUGUUCAUCCAGGACAUCAAUAAUCGCAUUGGACGAAGUGCAGAGUUGGACACUGAUGAAUCAGGGGGAAGUCUGGCACAAAAACAGAAAAUAAUUUUCCUCGAGAACAACCUGGAGCAGCUCACUAAAGUCCACAAGCAGCUGGUACAUGAUAAUGCAGACUUAAGAUGUGAGCUGCCCAAACUGGAAAAGCGCUUGCGUGCAACUGCUGAGCGUGUGAAGAUCCUGGAGUCUGCUCUGAGAGAGGCCAAAGAAAGCGCCAUGAGAGACCGUAAGAAGUACCAGCAGGAGGUGGACCGUAUCAAAGAGGUCAUCCGAGCCAAGAACCAGGCCAGGAUGAAACACACCGCACAGAUCGCUAAGCCUAUUCGUGCUGGACAUCAUCACUCAGUGGCUUCUGCCUCACCGGGCCACAGUGUCAGAGGGGGCGUCCCAAGCCCACGACAACACCACCAGCACCAACCGCAGCACCAUCACAGGAGCAAGUGAAAAACACACCACGAGACAAAAAAUAAGCGGUCUGAUACCAGUCUGCACAUUCUUUCCUUUCCAGCUAUGUGUGGCAACAAGAAGACGUCUUUUUCCAAUGCAGUCUGUUCUAUUCAAUGAGGGGGGGAAAAGAACUGCUGUCAUCUUAUACUAAGACUUUUCAAGUUCACUUCCUGUCCUUACCAUGACCUCCAUGCAUUCAUUCUGUUUAAGUCGAGAUUUGUGGACUCAUCUAUGAAUAAACAAAACCAGACCCACAAAC